GGGCUGGAUAUAUGGCCGUAGGGCUGCUGCCCCUAAGCCUCGCUCAGCCCUGCUCAGCCUUUCAGCACAAAAUCAGCCCCCUGUGCACCACUGCUCCCCCCAACUGAGGGCUCACUUUUAUCCCGCCUACUGUAACUGCUUUUCACCAGAAGACAUGAAGAAAAGUCCACAGCACUUGUUUCCUGUGUGGAGAGGAGCUGGCGGGGGCCCAAGUUGGGGCUGGCCUCGCUGUAUAGGAUGGGAGGCCGUGGAAGGGGAGGCUGAGCCGCAGGGCUUUGACUGCCCUUUCUGGUGCGUGCUGUGCCGAGGAGGGAGGGAGCGACUGAAGCAGGCCUGCCAGAGAGGGAGGGAGGUGCUCAGACUACCAGCAAACAUGCUACGAAUCAAACUACCCCACCUCUUCGACAACCACCAAGUGCCUAAGGUGUUCCGGGAAGACAGCAUCAUAUCAGGCUACAGGCACCCGCAAAGCUCUGCCGUGGACUGCAUCCUCAGCAGCUUUCAGAUGACCAAUGAGACGGUGAAUAUCUGGACCCACUUCCUGCCGACCUGGUACUUCCUGUGGCGUUUCUUCCUGCUGUGCACCACAGAGAACUUCCUCUCAGAAAGCUACACAUGGCCGCUGCUGGUCUACAUGAUGCUGAUCUGCCUGUACCCCUUCAUCUCCAGCUGCGCCCACACCUUCAGCACCAUGUCCCCCGAGGCUCGACACAUAUGCUACUUCUUCGACUACGGAGCCCUCAGCCUGUACAGUCUGGGGUGCGCUAUCGCGUACGGCUCUUACGUGAUGCCUGAAUGUUGGGUUAACAGUUGGCUUCACCAGCAUUUUGUUUCCAUCGCCAUCGCCAACACGAUCUUCUGCACCAGCAUGUCCUGCUACUCCAGAUUUCUAGAAUUGCAGUUUCCACACAAGAGUAAAAUCCUGCGGACAGGGGCGUUCGUCUUGCCGUUCGUGUUUGAUAACAUCCCUCUUGUUUACAGGCUUGUGCUGUGUUUUAGUGGACAUUGUAGUCACACUGAAGCUGUGAGCAGUCACUGUUAUCACCUGCUUUUUGCCUUCCUGACGGGUUUCCUGUUCGCCUCUCACCUUCCCGAGAGACUGGCUCCCGGACGCUUCGACUACUUCGGUCACAGCCACCAGCUGUUCCACAUCUGUGCGGUGGUGGGAACCCACUUCCAGAUGGAGGCGGUGCUGGCCGACAUGAGCUCGCGACACAGCUGGCUGAUCGCCCACUCGCCGGGACCCUUCUUCCUGGGCACUCUCGGGGCUCUGGCCUUAGCCUUCAUUCUUAACAUGGGGAUCAUAGGUCUCUUCAGCGCGUGCCUGCUGCGUACUCCCAACCUCAGCACUUCAGGCCUCUCUACCACACACACAACACACACCACACACACACACAGCAAGGAGGAGUGAGGGGGCCGGCGUGGAGGUCCCCGCAUCAUUGCACAACCUGUCAACUCACACCCAGAGUAUAAAUGUGGCCCAAUGGUUAUUGAGAACCAUUUGCAAACAACUUAGCACUUACGGUCCAGCUUACUUCACUUAUAGAUGAGUAUCUGGAUGCGUGUCGGUUCUUUUUUUUUUUUACUAAAGUCUGUGUAUUCUCCUGUGUAACGUAAUGAACGUAAUUUUGCGUUUCGUCGCUGUUAUAACAAAACCUCAUAAUACCACUCUGUGGCGAAUGGACCAAUAGAAAUGUCCCACAUGUAGGAGAGAGCAUGGCCCAACCUACAAAUGUUUUGACGUUGAGGUUUCUUACUAUCUUAGUUUCUUAGUAUCUACUCCAAGUGAGCGAGUAGAGACUAAAACAUGACCUCCAAAACCCUGCAGAGUGCUGAUUGGAUAGAAAGAAUCAAUGCAAUUAUUUCUAUGCAAUGCCAUUUUCAAUGCCAUUAAGGACAUUUUCACACCUAUAGUUUGUUUUCCUGUUUUAAAUCAGUUUAUGAUGAGUUUACUUACAUGUAGCUUUUCCCCCUUGAUUUGGUUUGUUUUCACACAGGCAAAAACCUAAAGGCAUCAAACUACUCAGGCGCUCUGUCUCCUCUGAUUGGUCAGAGCUCUCUGGCAUUGGAACAAGAAUGUAAAUAUAGCCAGAAGGUUCAGGGUUCCAGGCCAACAUGUGUUUGUAUAGCUGUGCAGUGUUCAGCUUCCAAACACACAGUGUUUUCAAUGAGAUGUCUCUGUAGUAAACAGAGCUGUGCAGCCGUGAGCAGUGAAUGCAGCACAUACAGCAUUCAGUGUGAAACAUCUUAGCAUGGAGCAGCAGCAAAGACAGCGUUUGAUCAUAGCUAUUGUAAUGAUCUAGCUAAUACAUCAGGUUAAACUGCACUGAACAGCUGUUUAGCUCAAAUGGAGCUAAAGGAGUAUAAUGGAUAGUCGGGUCAGAUCGAGAUCACUUUCUCGAACAACCGCAAACCAAAACCUGUAAGAGGAGGUGGUCUCGGUCCAGUUCCAAACGAGCCCCAUAAGAAAAGGUUCUAUAUAACCAAUUUACAACAAGUUGACCAACUUUUAAUACUAUGCUCAAUAAAUUGUCAAUUGGUGAAUUGAGGCAUAAACAUUUAGUUGAAAUUUAAUUGACUGCAAAGCUGACCCCAAAUACCAGCACCAUAUAUGAAAAUGUAUAGUAUAUACAGUAUAUCUAUAGGACCUUUAGUACUAUGUUCAUUUUUAUUAUUUUAUAGUACCAAUGUGCAUUAAAAAUGCCCCAACUGUGUUCUUGAAGAGAUGCACCAUUGAAAUUUAGGACUCUGCCACUGUUUGUCUAUGGAGGCUCAGUUGUAACAGAAUGUAAAACUAACCCCACAGUGUGGAGGAUGUACUUCAGUGAGGCUGGCUCUCACUGUGAGUUAGUUAAGUGCUUUGAAAAGAAAAAAAAAGAGAGAGCUUUACCAAGAUUAGGAUCCAAGAUUUUCUUGCAUAAACCAAUGGUAGGUUAAGAAUAAGAAACCUAGAGAAGACCCAAGACUCAACAACGUCUAAAAAGAAGUAGAAUAACUGCAUUCAGAUGUAUUUUGUGAAAUAUUGGACAACUAUGACUUAUGUGAGACCCAGACAUGGGUGAUAAAGGUGGGGGUUAGUGCAGGACAUGCACUUAGUGCAUUACAGAGGGGGAAAUGGCCACCAAAAGCAGGGUUUUUAAAAAAAAGAAUAUUAAAAAAAUAUUAAUAAUUGAAUGGUUUUCAGGCUGAAUCUUAAGAAAUAUAUGUCUGAAUGGGCUUGGAAUUCACGAGUAAUAUGAGACUGUAAUAUGUGGAGAUUAAGUUUGACCAAAGUGUGUUCCACUUAAGGCACUUUUCCGCUGUAUGGAACGUACACUACUUGACUCAAGCCUACUCUGCUUCUUCCCUUUUCCAUUAGGCAAAUUUAAUACCUGGAACCAGAUAAUUUCUUAGCACCUACUACAAAUGAGUCGAGAAGAGACUGAAACAUGACCCCCAAAAUCCUGCAGAAUCCUGUAGCGUUUUUCCCUCGAUUUGGUUUGUUUUCACACAGGCAAAAACCUAAAUGCACCAAAAUGUGCCUCAACAAACCACACAAGCCUGUUGUCUCUUCUGAUUGGUCAGAGGUCUCUGUCACUGGAACAAGAACGUAAAUAUAGCAUGAUGUUCCAGGAUUCCAUACCAGCAAGAAUAUUUGUGCAGUGUUCGACUUUCAAACGCACAGUGUUUUCAAUGUUGUGCUGCCGCAAUCAGUGAAGGCUGCACAUACAGCAUUCAUUGUGAAACAUUUUAGCAUGGAGCAUUCCAGCAUUCUAGCUAUUAUAAUGAUCUAGCUAAUAUAUCAGGUUAAACUGUACCUGAACAGCUCAAAUAAAAUGAGUAUAAUGGAUAGUCGGAUCAGAUCGAGAUCACUUUCUCAAACAACCGCACCAAAACCUGUGAGAGAAGGUGGUCUCGGUCCAGUUCCAAACAAACCACUUGUGGUUUUGCCGUGCGAUUGCUGUUUUCACACCUGCCCAAAUAAACCACACCAAGAGUGCAAACCAACCAAGAGUUUUAACCAGACCAACUGUUGCUGGUGUGAAAACGCCCUAAAAAUCUGACACUUGACACUUCUUUCAGCAGUUUUCAGCAUAUUGUUACUGCCUCAUUGCCCUAAUUAUGUAGGUGUAUUUCAGGGAAUCAUUGGUAUUGGAAAACAAAGCAGGUACCAAGUACCCAAGAGUGAGUACAGCUCUGGAAAAAUAAGAGAGCACUUAAAAAUUAUGAGUUUCUUUGAUUUUACCAAACUGAAAACCUCUGGAAUAUAAUCAAGAGGAAGACGGAUGAUCACAAGCCAUCAAACCAAACUGAACUGCUUGAAUUUUUGCACCAGGAGUGACAUAAAGUCUAAAAAGCAGUGUGUAAGACUGGUGGAGGAGAGCAUGCCAAGAUGCAUUAAAACUGUGAUUAAAAACCAGGGUUAUUCCACUAAAUAUUGAUUUCUGAACUCUUAAAACUUUAGAAUUAUUAACUUGUUUUCUUUGCAUUAUUUAAGGUCUGAAAGCUCUGCCUCUUUUUUGUUAUUUUAGCCAUUUCUCAUUUUCUGCAAAUAAAUGCUCUAAAUAACAAUAUUUUUAUUUGGAUUUUGGAAGAAAUGUUGUCUGUAGUUUAUACAAUAAAACAACAAUGUUCAUUUUACUCAAACAUAAACCUAUAAAUAGCAAAAUCAGAGAAACUGAUUCAGAAACUGAAGUGGUCUCUUAAUUUUUUCCAGAGCUGUAAAGCCGAGUUGAGUUGAGUUGAGUCGUGUAGUCUAGGUACAAUGCAGUGGAAAAGCACAGUUCGGCCCUUGUUCUUUUGUACCCCAUGUUAGUAUUUUCCCGCCCUGCUCUCCCCUACUUGGUACAAAAUCUAUUAACAUAAAUGUCUGUUGAGAAUGAUGUUAAGAAGCUUUUUUUAUUCUCUCUUUCAGAAAUACAUUGUUGUACGUUUUGUUACGACAGCGACGUUUAUAUUCGUAUCAUUUCGGCUGAAAACCCUGAUCGAUAUCAAGACCUUUCUGUUACUCUUCGUCCUGUGGUACUAAACUAAAGCAGUUAUUUUCUUUAUAAACGUCAGAAAGGUCAGGGGUUGAAUGAAGCGAAUGAUGCUGAUGAAUAGUAUUGAAUGUUUUGUAAUAUUUUAUCUUUUAUCUACAGAUUUCUGAGAUUGUAUUUCACUUUUAUCUUCUGUUUUUUUUUUUUUGGAGAAGCUGUUCAUAACAAACUGGAACAAUGUAAACACAGCAUCUGUCAGGAAUUUUGGAUUCAUACAGCACUAAUAUGUCUCAAUAUUAGCAAUAUCCUCAGUUCUGUCAUUAAGCUGUUUUAAGCUGAAGCAUAUACUGUAUUUAAUAGUUAGGAGGAAAUGGAGAAAACACACUAUAAGCUUUUUGAAAAUAAUCUAAUCAGAUUAAUGGAGUGAAGUACUGACAGCUCAGAGUGGUAAUACUGAUUAACAGUAUUAAUUACAAUAAAUGCAAAUGCAUAUUAACUGUGAUUACACAGGAGUAGUGUGUAUAGAAUAUAUAGAUCUCUGCAGAUGUGAUUAUUUCACGUAGAAAUAGAGUAUGGAUUGACUGGACCAAUUCAAGGGCGUCUAGUCAUGUCUUUGAAUGUACACUAUAUGAACUAAGGGUAUUGGGACACCUGCUCAUUCAGCGUUUCUUCUAUAACCUCCUCAGACCCAGACUUUUGCCUAGUGUGUAUUUUUAGUUUAUCCUAGCUAUUUGAGAUUAGCAGGACCUGCCAAGUAUAAAAGCUAAACUUUGUCUUUGUACAGAAAAUCGUUUUUGCAAAAAAACAAUGUCCUUAUAUGGGGACAGUACUAAAACAAUUAAAAAUUAUUCUUGCCAUUUGAGAUCAGAAGGACCCAACUCUACAGCAAGUAAGUUAAUUAUGAGAAUUAUGAGAAUUGUUACCUGGACCAUUUAUCUUGUUACCUGGACUGGCUGUAAAAACUUUUGAUUGGGAUUCCCGACAUCUUUUUUUAUCAAUUGAGGAUCACAAUGUUAUGUGAACACUAGUUGUUAUGGGCAGACCCCUAUAUGAGGCCAAAGGGUCAACAUUUUAAAAAUAUAUUAUAAUAAUUUAUUAUCAUGGUGCAGAGAAGCAGAAAUGUAAUGUCCACUCAUGAGAACACAGGGUCUCAAGAGGAUAAUUAAGCCAUUUUACAAAACACCUUUUGUAUUGAUAAUAUAAUAGCAUAAUAAUGCAUUUAGGUCCUUUUAAUAAGCUGUUUAAACUAUGAAUAAUGAAGAAUAUUAACAUAUUGGAACUGGAACAUUGGAACAUGUUUAUAAAUCCUAAAUAAAUGGACACACCAGCUCACUCACGUUAGAGGGCUUGGCUUUGCUAAGCAAACAUUAUUAAGGUCAUAGCUAUAUGUUAUAUGAUAAGUCGAGAAUGUAGUUAUUGUGACAUGUUGGAUGAUCACCACUAGGGCUGAGUAUCGUAUCAAUUUUUUUGAUAUCGGUACUGAUAUGAUACUUUCAACCAAAUACCCAUACCUAAACAAUACUUUUUCAAUACCUUUUUCUAAAUUGUACCCAACAAAAACGAACAUUAUUCUCACACAAUAUAUUUAUUUAACAGAUGACACAAGUAAUCUCAUUCUGUCACCAUGAGAGGCUCCAUCUUUCUCGAUCUUGUUGAAACAAACAGUGCAGAGCAUGUUUGAGGCGAUUUAUUAAGAACAAAAAUCAUUGUUAAUGCUUAAACUACAAAUAUUUUUCCUAUGCAUAUCGUUUUAUGCGUUUAAAGAGUUAUUUAAAAAAAUAUGAGCAUUACACAUGACCAAAUUAAAUUAAAUUAUAUUAGUUCAGCCACAGUUCUAGACUGCUUGGCUUGGUGAAACAGUAGAACAUAAUGGGUGGGCAUGUUGAUAGUCAUAUUUCUAAAGCCAGAGCUAAUAAUGGCUAAAUGGAUAAUGGUUAAAUUGAUGUAUGAAGGAAAGAAAUAAAAAAAUGUUGCAUAUGUCUUCAACAGAAAACAUCACAUUAUAGGUUUUCCUACAGUGUAUAUUCAUUAAAUUAAAUUAAACAUUCAUAAAAUACAUGUACUUUAUGUACAUUUAUGUACAAUACUCUGCAUAGGUGGUGCGUUUCAUGCAAAGUAUCGAAACCAGGCACUCAUUUUUUUUACCUUUCAGUACUUGGUAGUACCGAGACAUUUUGGUCGGUACCUUUUUACGUAUUGAAUUUCGAUACCCAGCCCUAAUCAUCAUCAUAACUCGAUCCCAAACCUUCCAACUUAUCCCAGAAGUAUUGGAUGCAGCGCUAUCAUUUCUAGCUUUAUACUUCUCUAACCCAUGACUGGCAUUAUGCAUGGUGCCAGUAGGUAGGGUCAUGUUAAUCUGCUUCUUUUUCUAAAAAGAGCCCUAAUUUAAUGCCAAUACGUCUCUACAAAGGUGAGACAAGCAGUUUCUGCUCAUUUGCUCCUUCAUGUCAGCAAUGGGUGCAAUUUAAAGUAGCUGAAUUCUGCAUUCUUUAGAAAGGGUGUCCACAAAUUCUUGGACAUAUAGUGUAUCAUGAGUUUUUCCAUUGUAGUCUAAUGUUAUCUACUGGGAAAUGCAUUUUAUGGAAGAAAUACAAUAACUGACAUCAGAACUGUCAUUCAAACUCCAGCUGUCCUGCACUUGCUACACAUCUUGUCGAUGCUGCGUUAUUGUUUUAUUCCUAAGAAAACCAGAAGUGUCCUUGAAUUUCAGUGCUGCUGUGUAGGUAUGUUCUACAUGAAAGCAUCUGGGGAGCAGGUCGAGUCUCAUAUAAUGUUGUUCUUGUUGCUGUUUUAUUUUUAUUUUCGCAUUCUCGCCGUUUCAACACGGCUCACAAUGAAAGGAGCAAGUUCCAUUCUGAAGAAACCCAAGGUUACGCUCGUAACCUGCUGAUUUAUUGCACACAAACACACACUUUGUUUACAGUUUCUUCAGGUUUCUGCUUGUGUCUUUUAAAUGGAAUUCAGUUGUUGAGAUGUGAGUCAUUCAGAGCGGCGUUCAGUGUGAAACGGUUCAUUGUAGAGAAACUCUUUGACUCUUGAUUUCUUUCUUAAUGGUUUAUAACGCAAAUACAAGCUGCGCUCCAAAGACUGGGCUGUAGCCGAGGCGGGCUGUGUUUCUCGGCUGCUACGUCAUAGGCGGCUGUUUUAAACUGAAGGACCCUUCUUAUGAAGCCGAGACUUUCUGAGUGAUUUCAAGGACUCAGCUAAUGUAUCUUUCCCAUUCUUCAGUUACUCAGAAUUCUUGGUAGAAGUUGAACACUAUGGGAAAACAGAAACAUUUGUCAAGGAAUGGCAAAAAAAUAAGUUUCUGGAGCAGAAUUAUAAUUUAUAAAGCACACAAGUUUUGAGCUGCAAAAGCAAGAGGCUAUUCUUUCUGGUGAUAAAUCUACGAAGCCUCUUAUGACUAUUACAUGUUUGUUACCAGUAGGCUACUAAGUACCUAUUCUACCAUAACUGCAGAUUACACUUUGGAACGCAGCUAAAAACCAACACAAGUUUUACUUAAAACACCCUAUGUAUACCCUUGAUAGCACUUUUUCAUUUCCAAUACAGACACUGCCAUUCUUUUUAUAUAAAAAAAUAAUCUAUUUUUUUUUUCCAUUUUCUCCCCAAUUUACAUGGCUAAUUACCCAUCACCAGGGGGGGGGUAAGAUUAGAACAUGCCUCCUCUGACCCAUGUAAAGUCAGCCUCCACCUCUUUUUUAUUACCGAGAAACAUCAUAGCAUGUUUGGAGGAAAGCGCAGUAAUACAAAUGGUUCCGAUACAUCAGCUCACAGACACCUUGUGCUGAUCGACAUCACCCUUUGGAGUGAUGAGGGGAAAGAGCACCAUCUACUCACCCAGAGUGAUCAAGGCCAAUUGUGCUCUCUCAGGGCUCUGGCAGCUGAUGGCAAGCUACAUGAACAGGAUCUGAACCAGCAAUCUCCCAAUCAUUGUGGCAGCACUUAGCCUGCUGGACCACUCAGAGCCGUUAGAUACUGCAAUUCUGACUAUCUAUCAGUAGCGAUACCAAACUGAUACCUUGGUUUUUAGGAGUUUUUUUAUUAUUACAGCCCACCUUACACUAACAAGGGUCCCAGCUAGGCCCAAUAUUCAGUGUAUAACCCCUUCUGGGCCCAGCAUUAAGUUCUUCAGUGACAUCCAUAUGUGGGGCCGAAACCUGUAGAUCCCAGUUGAGCUGCCCAUAGGGCUCCACAAAGCAUGUUAGUAACUAUUUGGUUGGAUAUAUGUUUAUCUCUCUAAAAGGUAGCUUUUAGAGAUGCCAAUAUUUGUACAUUUCUCUCCAACAAAGCAUUUCACACUGAACCACUUUGAAUUUCUUGACGUCUUAACUAAUUAAUUGUUCGUUUAAAAGUAAAUUCUUACCCGAUAGCAUUAACAUUAAUGUGGACUGAACCUGCGCUCUGUCACAUUUUGUAGUGGCCCACAUAACACUGGGAAUGAUGGCCAGAAGUGACUCAGAUGUGGUUGCCUGAGAUUUUGAAAUGAAUCAUGUUGUUAAACUAGUGUUUGAGUGGGGGAUCCAGUUCUGGUGGACAGUUUUGAUGUAAAGCUGUAACAGUCAGCUAUAGGGCCCUUUUAUUAGCGAUCUAUUGCUGAGGUGUCUUGCUAUCAUAACAGCGGGAAAAGUACACCUUGCACAGCUUGAAAUGCACAAAAAGCAUUUUAAGAACUAAUUCUUUUAAUUAAUCAUGGGCGUGUUUUGGGCUUAACGUUAAAUAAACCAAUCAGGGUGUCACCCUCCAUUACCUUUACGAUCCAUGUGUGCUCUGACUUUGGCAUAUUGAUAUUUAAUGUCAGUGGUGCACCUGUGUUUUCUUUUGCCUAGAUAGCAAUACGCCAGAAAUUUCCAUUAAGACACCACACUUCCAGACCAACAAGCCCAUCUGCGUAGAUACAGUAUAUUCUAUAUACGACACAGGCACAAGGCGUGAAAAUAGACUGUUGGUUGAGUGUAAAAAAAUAAGAUUUUGUGUUUAUUUUUUUGUAUAAAUCAGCAGAUAUAAAUCAAAGUAAUAUAAAUAAGAUAAAAGAGUUUCACAUCUGUCUUAUUUCUGACCCACUAACAAACAGCAGAUAUUGUAGCACGGGUUCAAACCACAGUAAUGUCAAUGCUAUCACGGUUUAAAUACUGCAAAAACCUGACGUUUCCAAUACUGUGAAGGUCCAGCAAUCAUCACAAUCACCUGAAGGAGUUGCCUCAGUCACUAAAGUGCUCUUAAAUGAAUGCCUACUAAUGAUUAGGUACAUUCAGAGCUCUCUGUAGUCCUGUACUGUAAUAUAGACCAGUAGAAGCUUCUCUAACAUGCUACAGGGUCCGGUGGGGUCGACACGUGUCGAUUAAGGUUGCCAAAUGAGAUUAUGGGUUAUGAAGGAAUAGUAAGUGCAGUAAUGGUCUGUGUGAGAAUGGUUCUAUAUUGCUUAAGCAGCAGUCUGUAUAGCAUGUAGGUGUAUAGGUGCAUAUAUGUGUUGUAUGUAGGUGAAGCCCUGCAGGAGCGAGCGCGGCUGAAAGAGGGGGAUUAAGGGAUGGAUGUGACUGGCUAUUUUUGGUGUGGAUCUAGAAUAUACAUUUAUUAUGUUAGCAAUACUACAGAAACACAAUUUCUAUGUUAGCAAUGUAAGAAAAAACUGAUUUUCUUUAUUAGCAAUACUACAAAACAAACAAAACACACACAAAACAACAACAUAUCUACUGCAAUAUGUUUCUAUAUUAGCAAUUAUACAAAAACAGUUUAUACCUAACCUAUGCUUCACAAAAAAAUAUAAUUCCUGUAUUGGAAAUAGUACAGAAUGUUGCUGUAUUUCAAAAACAGUUUCUAAGCUAGUUAGCAAAUGCUGUUCCAAAAAAAAAAAAAUCACUACUUUCGUGCAUCUGCAGUUAAACAAAACAUGUUCAACAUUAGCAGUGAUGCAAAAAUAAACGGUCCAUAUAUUUUUUUCACACAUACUUUCUAUAAAAGUAAUGCUGCACACAAAAGUCAUUCUCUAUUUUAUCAAAGCAAAAAAAAAUCUAAUAUUCUGUUAUCAGUUCCACAAGCAGUUUGUAAGCUAGCUAGCAGUGCUACAAACAUAUUAGCAUUGCUAUAUUGUUAAUUUUCUGUAUUAAAAAUCCAGAAAAACAGCUGCCAUAUUAGCACCUCUAUAAAAAUGAAGUUCUCCGCACAAAAAUAGGUUUUUACAAAAAAAUUGCAAAAUUAUCAUUGCUAUAAAUCAGUUUCUGCUUUAGCAUUGCUACAAAAAGGCUCUAUAUUAGCAAUAUAAAAAAGUAACUAAUUUUCUGUAUUAACAAUCCGACAAUGUUUUUUGUAAGCUAAUAAUCAAGCUAAUAAUGCUAGUUAAACAAAAAUAUUUUUAUAUUAGCAAUUCUACACAACAAAUAGCUGCUAAAUUAGCAGCGCUACAAAACCGUUUCCAAGCUAGCUCGCAAUGCUGCCCAAAAGAAAGAAAUUCUAUAUUAGCAGUGCUAAUGAAAAAAGCUGAUAAUGAAAAAAUAAAUAUCAAUAGAUAUCUACUGAUAUAACACUAAUUUUACAUAUUUAAUAUACUGCUGUGGAAAAAAAAACACUUACUUUGAUUUUAAUAAACUGCUUGAAUUUUAUAUAUUUUAUAUAUUAGCAAUGCCUCACACAAAGCGUGAUUUUUUUUUUAUAUUAGUUAGCAAUGCUAAAAACAGGUCAUAUAUUAGCAAUGCUACAUUGUUAAUGUUAACAAUCCAACAUAAAAGUUGCUCUUUUAGCAGUGCAAUAAAAAUAGUUACAUAUUGACAAAGCCUAAAAUACAAGUCUUUUUAUACGUAUUGAUAGACAAAAUUAAAGCUACUAAAGCAGAAUUUCUGUAUUAGUAGUGCUAAAAAAAAACGCUAUAAAUAUAUUAGCACUGGUAAAAAAAAACAUUAUUUUCUGUAUUAGCAGUGCUAAAAAAAAUAGUUUGUUUUAUCAGUUUCACACACACAAAUGACACACAAAUAUCAUAUAGUCCUACAGAACAGUUGCUAUAUUAGCAGUGAUAUAUAAACAUGAUCAAUUCUAAAAAACAGAACACCAGCUUUCCCCCCUCACUGUUUUUACGGCAGAAUUGUGUGUUUUGAUGUUUUUUGCAUCUGAAGUCAGGGACGAAUUUUCAUUUUAUUAUAUAAUAAAAGAAUCUCUUUUAAAGGUCAUCAUUCCAAAUAUCUUCCAUAAACAUCUUCUAAAACAUUUCCUCAGCAUUAAUCUGAUCAGCUCAGAAAGCUCCAGUACAGGACGUGUGAUAAAUUAUUCUUCAGCUCGCUCUACAGUUUAGGAUAUUAUGGGCUGUGAGGGGUUCAGGCUAAAGGGAAAGUGAGAGAGAUGAUUUUAUAUCAGAUUGACCCAAACGGUUACAUUGUUCACUGUUAAUCAGAUUAAAUCUACUGUUUUCACUGUUAACCAUAUUAAACUGUACUGACAGUGUCUCUUUAUGAUGAAUAACAGACUGUUAUAGUGACUGUGGCCCAUUUACCGUUAUCAGUAAAGUGUUUUUGUAAUGUUUGCUACCAUUUGUGAGAAUCUGAGGAGCUCACCUAUAAAAUAAAACUCAAAAAAGACUGAA